AUGCCGCGGGUUCUUCACGUACAAAAGAUUGGCGGCAAGCCCGGCCAGGUCUACUACCCAAUCAAACUCAGCCAGGUGCCCUUGCCCGAGGUCGGCCCCGGCCAGCUCCUCGUUCGUAUGGACGCCGCGGCCCUCAACCACAAGGACCUCUUCAUCCGCAGACAUCUCUACCCAGCCAUCUCCUUUGAGAACCCGCUGCUGGCCGAUGGAUACGGCACCGUCGUCGAGGUCGGGCCAGCCGUCAAGCAAAGGGACCUUUUAAACAAGCCUGUUCUCAUCAACCCCAUGCUGGGGUGGGAAUCCGACCCCGUCGGGCCGGAAAGGGGCCUCGUCGUAAUCAUCGGCGCGUCGUCAAUGACCAAGACUGGUUGCGCUCAGGACUACGCGCUGGUCGAUGAAGACGAUGUCGUGCCCGCGCCGGCGCAUCUCACACCCGCUCAGGGCGCAGCCCUACCGCUCGCUGGCCUGACCGGCUGGCGGGCAUUGGUCACCAAGAGUGGCAACGCGGAAGCGGGCAGGAACGUGCUCAUCACUGGAAUUGGAGGCGGCGUGGCACUCCAAGUGCUUCAGUUCGCCGUGGCCAUGGGGAUCAACGUGUACGUCACGUCUGGCGACCAGGCCAAGAUCGACAAGGCGAAGAGGAUGGGAGCCAAGGGUGGCGUCGUCUACAAGAAGGACGGGUGGGAGCGCGAGCUUAAGAGCUUGCUGCCCGACAGCAGACCGUAUAUCGAUGCCGUUAUCGACGGUGCCGGAGGCAACAUCAUCUCCAAGGCGGCCAAGUUCCUCAAGCCUGGCGGAGUCAUUUCCCAAUAUGGAAUGACGGUUGCGCCCAAGAUGGAGUGGAGUGUGCAGGCCGUGUUGAUGAACAUCGACCUAAGAGGCUCGACCAUGGGCUCCAAAAAGGAGUUCAGGGACAUGGUCGCCUUUGUGAGUGAGAAGAAGAUCCGACCGAUUGUAAGCAAGACGGUGAAAGGGCUGGCGAAUCUAGAUGGCAUCGAGGGUUUAUUUAAGGAUAUGGAUGCUGGGACGCAGUUUGGUAAACUAGUUAUUGAGAUCAAUGACCACCCGUCGCCAAGUAAGCUGUAA